CCGUCCAACCAUCAGCGCGUGCGUCCCUCUCCUCCUCCUUCAUAUGGUCCCUGACUUCCUCCGUCAACGCGGAGCGAACAUGGCGGAGCGCGUCCAGCAGCCCCCGGCCAAGCGGCUCUGCUGUAGACCGGGAUACGGAUCCACAUGUAGGCAAGGCCAGCGGGCCGCGGGGACCCCGUGCGGAUCCUCGGCGUCCACUGAGUCCAGCAAAACCCAGAACCCGGAGUCUCUGCUGGACAUCGCGGCGCGCAGAGUCGCGGAGAAGUGGCCGUUUCAGAGGGUGGAGGAGCGUUUCGAGAGGAUCCCGGAGCCCGUCCAGAGGCGGAUCGUGUACUGGUCUUUCCCCAGGAGCGAACGGGAGAUCUGUAUGUACUCGUCCUUCAGCACUGGAGGAUCAGAGGAGUCCGGAACCAGCGCGGAGACCAGCGACGAGACGCGGCUGCCGUUCCGGCGCGGCGUCGCGCUGCUGGAGAGCGGCUGCGUGGACAACGUGCUGCAAGUCGGGUUUCACCUCAGCGGCACAGUCAGAGAACCUGCAACGUCCUCGGAGCCCGAGCAGCUCUGCAACGUGAGCGUGAGCUUCGACCGCUGCAAGAUCACGGCCGUCACCUGCAGCUGCGGCAACAAGGACAUCUUCUACUGCGCGCACGUGGUGGCGCUCUCUUUGUACCGAGUACGGAAGCCCGAGCAGGUCAAACUGCGCCUGCCCAUCUCAGAGACUCUUUUCCAGAUGAACAGAGACCAGCUGCAGAAGUUCGUGCAGUACCUGAUCACCGUGCAUCACACCGAGGUUCUGCCCACGGCGCAGAAACUGGCGGACGAGAUUCUGUCACAGAACUCAGAGAUCAACCAGGUUCAUGGAGCUCCAGAUCCGACGGCGGGCGCCAGCGUGGACGACGACAACUGCUGGCAUCUGGACGAGGAGCAGGUUCAGGAACAGGUCAAACUCUUCCUCUCGCAGGGCGGGUACCACGGCUCGGGGAAGCAGCUCAACUUACUGUUCAGCAAGGUGAGGGAGAUGCUGAAGAUGAGGGACUCCAACGGAGCGCGCAUGCUGACGCUGAUCACGGAGCAGUUCAUGGGAGACCCCAGACUGGCUCUGUGGAGGCAGCAAGGGACCACCAUGACGGACAAAUACAGGCAGCUGUGGGACGAGCUAGGUGCCCUGUGGAUGUGCGUGGUGCUGAACCCUCACUACAAACCCGAGCAGAAGGGUUUCUGGCUCCGUCAGCUUCGCCGGUGGAACGGCGUGGACGUGUGCCCCUUGGAGGACGGUAACCAUGGCAGCGAGCUGACCAAUCUGACCAACGCUCUGCCUCAGGGUCCCGCCGGCAACCCAGAUUCAGUGACCCGGCCUCACCGGACGGUCUUCACACGGGCGAUCGAGGCGUGCGACCUUCACUGGCAGGACCCGCACCUCCAGCACAUCAUCACCAGGGACCAAUACACCAACUACUGCUACCACGACCACCUGGACAGCUCGCUGUUUGACGCCCGAGGGUGGCCUCUGUGGCACGAGCACGUACCGACGGCGUGCGCCAGAGUGGACGCUCUCAGAUCACACGGUUACCCAAAGGAAGCACUCAGGCUUGCCAUCGCCAUCAUCAACACUCUGAGGAGGCAGCAGCAGAAACAGAUGGAGUUCUUCAGAGCUCACAAGAAAGAGCUGCUCCACAAAGGAAUAACAUCCAUUACGAACCUGGAGGGCUGGGUGGGUCACCCUCUGGACCCCAUUGGGACCCUGUUCAGCACCCUGAUGGAGACGGGGCGAGGCGGCGAGGACGGAGCCAACGCACUGCUCGACUUCUCAGGCUCCCAGGGUUCAGGCCGGAGGGCGGAGCUUCCUGUUUGCCCAGCGCAGCAGCGUUUCCUGGAGGACGGCGAGUCGUUCGUGUCCCUGGCGGUGGAGACGGCUCUAAUCGGUUUGGGGCAGCAGCGUGUGAUGCCGGACGGACUCUACGCUCAGGAGAAGGUCUGCCGGAACGAAGAGCAGCUCCUCGCCCGGCUUCAGGAAGUCGAUUUAGACGACACUUUGGUGAAGAUCUUCCGGAAACAAGCGACUUUUCUGCUAGAGGCGGGUCCUUACAGCGGUCUGGGGGAGUUACUCCACAGAGAGAGCGUCCCCAUGCACACGUUUGCCAAGUAUCUCUUCACCUCCCUGCUACCUCACGACGCCGAGCUGGCGUACAAAAUUGCACUGAGGGCCAUACGGUUGCCGGUCCUGGAGACCACGUCCCCCUCCUCCGACCUGACCCGGCCUCACCACAUCGUGUCCGUGGUUCCAAACCGGCUCCCUCGCUGGUUCACUCUCAGCCACAUUGAGACCCAACAGUGUGAGCUGGCCUCCACCAUGCUCACUGCAGCUAAAGGUGAUGCUUGCACGCUCCAAACAGUGUUAGAGUCCAUCCAAAAGAACAUCCACUCUGCCUCCCACAUCUUCAAACUGGCCCAGGACGCGUUCAAGAUCGCCACUCUGAUGGACAGCCUGCCCGACAUCACGCUGCUCAAAGUCUCCCUGGAGCUGGGUCUUCAGGUGAUGAGGAUGACGCUGUCUACCUUGAACUGGCGGAGGAGAGAGAUGGUGCGAUGGCUCGUCACUUGUGCCACAGAGGCUGGUGUCUUUGCACUGGACAGCAUCAUGCAGAGCUGGUACACCCUCUUCACCCCCACUGAAGCCACCAGCGUCGUGGCGAGCACCGUCAUGUCCAACAGCACCAUCGUCCGCCUCCACCUCGACUGCCAUCAGCAGGAGAACCUGGCCAACUCCGCCCGGACCCUGGCCCUGCAGUGUGCCAUGAAGGACCCCCAGAACUGUGCCCUGUCAGCGCUGACUCUCUGCGAGAAGGACCACAUUGCCUUCGAGACGGCCUAUCAGAUUGUACUGGACGCAGCCUCGACGGGAAUGAACUACACACAGCUGUUUACAAUAGCACGCUACAUGGAGCACCGCGGCUAUCCCAUGAGGGCUUACAAAUUAGCGACGUUAGCAAUGACUCACUUGAACCUCAGCUACAACCAAGACACACACCCCGCCAUCAACGACGUGCUCUGGGCGUGCGCUCUCAGUCACUCACUGGGGAAGAAUGAACUGGCGUCCGUCAUCCCCCUGGUGGUGAAGAGUGUGAAAUGCGCCACAGUGUUGUCGGAUAUUUUACGGCGGUGCACGUUAACGACGCCGGGGAUGGUGGCGUUGCACAGCCGCAGGAACUCUGGGAAGCUAAUGCCUCUGGAUAAGGCUCCCCUCAGGCAGCUACUGGACGCCACGAUCGGGGCUUACAUCAACACGACGCACUCUCGGCUGACGCACAUCAGCCCGCGCCAUUACAGCGAGUUCAUCGAGUUCCUCAGUAAAGCCAGAGAGACGUUUCUGAUGGCGCACGACGGACCCAUCCAGUUCACACAGUUCAUAGACAACCUGAAACAGAUAUACAAGGGCAAGAAGAAACUCAUGAUGCUCGUUCGAGAGAGAUUUGGCUGACGGAGGAUUAAAUGACCAAAUCGCCCUUUUUUACUUGAGUCUCCUUUUUUUUAUCCUCUCUGACUUGAAGUGAAAAUACUCCGAAAGCAACGUUCAUGCAAAUCUUAUUCCGAGGGUUUGGCGCUAGAGGGGCCAAAUGUGAUAACGAACACACUUUCCUGAAGGCAACGUAUUAAACUGUGAUGGAACAAAAGUCACUCAAUCACAAGAAAUAUGACGUUCAAUGAGAUUCUUUGACUGUUGAGUUUGUAAUACGACUGAAGCCUAUUCCACCAGUAAAGAAAAGAAGAAUUAAUAGUUAGAAUUAUGCUAAAAGUCAAAACUAAAAGAUAGAAUGUCAUAAUUAAAAGACAAAAAAUCCAUAUUUUGAGACACAUGAAAAUUUGAGAGAAAGUCAAAAAUUAUGGGAUAAAAAGUCGUAAUAAUUUGAUUUUUUUUGAAGUAUUUCAUAUAUACAUGAUGAUAUUCUAGUGCAAACAUGCAAAGGUUUUGCAGCUCUGUGCAGUUUGCUCUUGUUUUGCAUCUGAUUGCAGAGAUGAGCUGUCUGCAUCCCCACUCCCUGCUGUGCAGAGCUGCGCGGUGCACUCUCAUCCUGACAGAGCUCCAAUCUAUCCACAUAUAGAUGAUGAGCUGGAUCGGGAGGGGACACUAGCACACGUUGACGUUGAGUAAUGACAUCUGUGAUAUAACUUUCAGCGCUCUUAACAAAGCUUCUUCUCUGGAGAAGCUUGAUAAAAUUAAAAUUAAACACUAGUGCGUAACAGCUCUGGAUCAUCUCGAAAGCAUUAGGAGUUAAAAGUCAAAACUAAAAGAAAGAGGCAAUAUUUUUAGAUUUACAUGUUUAAAUUUUGAGACGCAUCGAAAUUUAAGUCAAAAUUAUGAGAUAAAAUGUCACUGAGUUAAAAGUCAAAGCUAAAAGAUAGAAUGUCAUAAUUAAAAGAUUAAAAAAAAACAAUAUUCUGAGAUUAAAACAUUUAAAUUUUGAGACGCAUCGAAAUUUCAGAGAAAGUCAAAAUUAUGAGAUAAAAAGUCUUAAUAAUUUGAUUUAAAAACAAGUGUUUGAUACAGUAUAUAAUCACAAGAUAAAAAGUUGAAACAAUGAGGUAGUUAUUCAAAAUGCAUAGCUUAAAUUUAACAUUUAAAUUGGUAGCAUUAGUGCCCCAAACUUCAAAGAGUUAGGGAGCAUCAGCCAAAAUUUUAGAGAGCAAUUGGGGGUAAGAAACAGUCAUAUCACAACAAUUAUUUGUGCUCAUUGCAGAGAUUAAAUUCCAAGAGCGUAUGCAAAAAAAUGCUAUUUCAAGCCCUGUAAUGCAACAUUGAUCUUCUUAUCUUAUAAUUUAGACUUUCUUAUCUCAUCAUAAAGACUUAAGAUGAACUUUUUUUCCCAUAACUAUCCAGGAUACGUUUUGCUUCUUUAAUUUACUGGCAGGAAUGGGCUUCCAUGCAUUAAUACUGGACUGCCUGAGAUAAUAGGAUUGAGAUGUGAGAUGUGUUUAAGGGUCAUUUUCCUCCCUGAAAAGUUUGGGGACUUGAAGAAAAAAGGAAACACUGCAAACUACAAAAGUAACAGCUGGUAUUGAUGUGUAUAAAACCAUUACGUUGCUGAAGGAGAAAA